AUGGGGCACCCAGUGGUCCUUUCAGUGGCUGUGGCGCCCCCAGGGGCCAUCCUUAGGGGUGGCAACUCUCCCCGAAGACCUCUCAGGAGCAGCAGCGUCCUCAGGGGCCUCCCAGGAGCUGUAGUGCUCCCAGGGGUGCUUAACGGCGGCGCCCCUAGGGCCCUCCCAAGGGAGGCAGCGUCCCCAGGGUCCAUCCUUAAGGGAGGCAGCGACCCCAGGGGCCCUGCCAGGGGCGGUGGUGCCCCCAAAGACCAUCCCAGGGGCAGUGGCACCUCCAGGGACAUCCAAGGGGCUGCAGUGCCCACUGAAACCGUCCCAGGAGUGGCGGCGUUCACAGGGGUGCUCCCGAAGGAAGGUGGCAGAGCCCCAGGGGCUCUGCCGGGAGCUGGGGCACCCCCAAGUGCAAAAACAACUGCCCCCAGAGGCCCUACAGGGGAAGCGCUCCCAUUUGCCCUACCAGGUGCGGCACACCAAGUGGCACUGGCAGGAGCGACGGCGCACUCAGUGGACCUCUCAGGAGCAGUAGCGCCCCGAAGGGGUCUGUGGGGGGCUGUGGCGCUCCCAGGGGGCCCUCCCAGGGUCGGCAGUGCUCUCAGGUGCCCUCCCAAGGGUCACGCAGCCUCCAAGGACCCUCACAGAUGCCGAGGCGCUGUUAGGGGCCCCUACGAGGGUGGCGGAUCCCUAGGGUCCCUUCCAAUGGAGGCAGCGUCCCCAAAGGUCCACAUUAGGGGAGGCGGUGAAAUCAGGGGCUCUGCCAAGAACGGUGGCGCCCCCAGGGGCCCUCCCAUUGGCAGUGGCACCCCUAGAUGCUCUUGCAGGGGCAGCGGCGCCCCCAGGGGCUUUCACAAAGGUAGCGGAUACCCGAGGGACCUUGCCAGAGUCUGUAGCACCCCCAGGACCUCUUACAGAAGCUGUGGUGCCCUAAGGGUCCUCCCAGGAGCGGCGGUGCCCUCCGGGACCCUCUGA